AUGGAUAAAGAAAUGACGUUAGCUCCAAGUGGUUUUAUAUUUCCAUUCAACCCUACAUAUGCUAUAGAAUACGAUUUACUUUACAUACGAAUCGUGUUCAUUUUUGAAUUCGGAAAAUAUCCUAUAAAAAUACGGCAUCAACUGAUAUCUAUGGUGCUCGCGAUGAAAGUUUUUAAUUUGAACACAGGUAAACCUGUUAUUAUUAUUAAAAUAAGAAAAGAGAAAAAGCGUAACAAAAGGGAAAUUAGAAUAGCCAUGAAAGAAACAGUAUUUCCGCAUCAAAUAGACAUUAGAAAUCAUUCUGAAUCGCAAGGCUUUGAGGAGAAAUGUGACUCAAAUUGA